AUGGAUUACAGUUUGGCAGCGUUGAAGCUUUUAUGCUCACAGCUUAAAGACGCUCGAGAAGUUUCCUCCGGAACACUUCAAAAUAGUUUCACCCUCGGACCCAUCCUCUUCCAACGCGCUUGGUUACAGGGCAUUCUGGUGUCCUCCGACGGCGGCGGACCUUUUUUUCUUGACGAUGGAACUGGCGUCAUCGAACUCUCUCUCUCCGGCGAGUUCCGUCAACGUCAAUUGAAAGCUGGAAUGUAUGUGAUGGUCGUCGGAGGGUACUUUUUACGUGCGGCGGGAGAGCCUUCCGUCAUCAAGGUUCACAAGAUUGUUGAUCUUUCAUCAUCCCCAGACCGAGAAGCAAUGUGGUAUCUCGAAGUUAUUGAGGCAUACAAAUUGUUCUAUCAGCCUCUUAUGGAUGAAUUUAACUGA